AUGGCUUCAAUGGAUAGCGAAGCUUAUCGACUUAUACCAUACAGGUUUUUCGUAGAUGACACGAAAUCAAAUACAUGUAAACUCGAAAAGUUAACUAACUUAUUUCCUGAUUUAAAACCCGUCAUAGAAUUAGAACUAUUCAAAAUUAAUAAUAUAUCACAAACAAUUGGUCGGCUUUCACAAAUUUAUUCAGCUAAAACGUUUGUUGACAAUCGUGAUGAUACUCUUCAUAUUUUGCUGGGUCCUUAUCAUCUUGCACUUGGUCCAGUCAUAUUUGGUGCUCUUCAUUUUAGAAAUGUUUCAGCUGCAUUACUGGCUUCAUCGCAAGCAAAACUGGUAAUUGAUGGUACUUAUCAAAGUAGUAUUCGUCGGCGGGAAGCUAUACUUCGUCGUUUUCGCCAUGCUGUACGAAAAUUAAUCUUUAUUAAAUCAGUUAUCGAUCAAGCUCAAAUUGCAUCUAUUCUUACGCCAUACAAUCAGUAUGAAUUAUAUAAACAAGGUAUUUAUGAUCUUGCAUUGGCAGGACAAAUACAUAAUUCAAAUUCAAUAUUUGACGAUGAAAAUUUUAUUCAACGAAUAAAUAAUGUUCGUUUAAUGAAUAGUCUAGACAAAGAAAAUCCUUUACUCGCAUCUAAAUAUAUCAAAAUUAAUAGUUUACUCAAUUUACUUGCUUCAACUGUAUCUCAACAGCAGUCAGGUAGCAACUUACCAACAGAAAAUAUGAUACGAUCUAGAUCAGACACGGCAGCUAGCUAUUCAACUAAUGAAGAUGAUUCGAAAACUUUCUUAAAUUCAACAACUCUAUGUUGCGAACACCAUAAUACAAAUCAAGAAAGUGUUGCAGUUCCUAUGAAUCGAUCCAGUACUUAUUAUUUCAAUCAUUUAUUGUCGCAUGAACCUCUUUCAAAACCUAACAGUAGAAAAGGUUCACAGAAAAGUUCAACAGCUUCCUCAAGUCAAAAUAAUAUAACUAUUGUUCCUGAUUGGACCCCUAACGAUAUCACAGUAUCGAGUUCUACUCCAGUUGAAUUGGACAAGAUGAAAAAUACUUCUCAAGUGACUGAUUCGCAUAAAGAAGAUAUUCUCAUUUAUCGCAUUUCAUCUCUUUUAUUAAAUUACUUAUCAUCUUUACAGUCAACAUCAGUAACAGCUGACAUCGAUCAUGCACCUGAGACAUUGAAUGACAAUGAAGCCUUAUUGACAGCUAUCACCGAAGCAGAAAUAUCAAAUAAUUCUAAUAGAUCUGAUCCAUCGUCUACAAUCGUAAACGCAGAUCAAUUUAAUCAUUUAUUAGGACGUAUUCAAACAAUCGUUAGUAAUAACUUAUCGACGAAACUUCGAAACAAUAAGUCAAUGUUUGAAAAAACUGUUAAUCCUCAAAAUCGAUCCUCUAAUUCUAUAAAAACAGCAAUAAAAAAUCGUCGACGACAAUUAUUUGCCUCACGUACUAUAUCAUUACAGGAAACAACUAUAAAUGAAUUCGACGUUGAAAAUUCAGAAUCAUCGGACAAGAAACAUAAAUUGGAACUAACAUUAAAAUCACAAUCAUUUGAUGAAAUGGAUUUAAAUUUAUCUUUAUUAUCAGCUGAGUCGAACAACAAUUGGCGAUGA